AUGGAUGAUUUAGUUCUUGCGAUUGCACUUAUCAAGUUGAAGAACUCGAUGAAGUUACGUUCGGUCAGCGAGUUGUUUCAAAAACGGUCCCUUGAUGCCAUUCUUGGAGCCCUUGAAGGCGGUGAUGAAGGCGUAUCAGGCACUGACAUUUGCUUUGCAAAAGUUCACCAGCAAGUUGAGUCGUUGACAUCCCAAGAGAAGGAGGCAUGGUGUUUUGUUCUUACGAUGAAGGGCCUUCCAAUCCUGUUGGUCGAAGAGCUCUUCCACAAUGAUGUUGAGCUCUUCACCAAGGUCGUCUCAAGUGUAUUGAACACCUUCAUCGUCGCCCAUGAACUGCCAACUUCACGGGGAAACAAUGCCUUCUUGACCCUCUACAGAGCAAACCAGCACCGCUUCGCACAGAUUGGCAAUCAUGAGAACAACUACAACAUGUGCAAAGAGCUGUCUUCAUUGGAUAGGAUCCUUCAGUUGACCCAUAAGAGUACACUCUUCAUAAAAAGUUGUCUUAUUAUUGUACAUACGCUUCGUUGCUAA